AUGAAUCUUAUCCAAGAGAUCCGCCAGAACAUUACUUUAUAUGAACAACCCUCGACUGGCGAUGAUAGUGCUGAAGACAUUAUAAUCAACGGCAUAGUUUCCGAAGAACUUGCUACCAUGCUUCUUAAAGGGUUCUCAAAAUUAUCCAACCGCUGGUUAUUCAUGAGUACAGAUCCCGUCCAAUUACGCGCAAAAUCGCCACUCUUAUUUGGUACUUGUAUCCUAGCUGGUCUCCAUAUCACUCCCUCCUUGCACGGGUCAUCAACGCAUCAAGCUUUAUAUCGCCAUAUUCACGGACUGCUGGGCCAGGCACAUCUUUCUUCCACUGCCUCGCUCGACACAAUACAGUCCAUGUUGAUUUUCUCCAUGUGGGAUCUACGACCAACUUUGGGCCCUGACCAUGGUAGCUCGUGGCUUCUUAGUGGCACGGCGGCUAUGCGGGUGAUUAUGACUACUACAUUUGGGCAGCUUUCAAAGACAAGCGAUGCUGAUGGACGUGAACUAGCGCAAGCGCAGGAAAUCAUGCGCACGUGGAAUCUAAUUUGCCUCUGCCAGUUACAGUUUUCUGUAGGCUCUGGUCGCCCACCAAUCAUAUCCAGUCAGUACUUUGACGAAUGCAUCAAGGUCCUCGACUUUCCAUCCUACAAUGCGCGUGAUGAACUUGUAUUGGCUGGAGUCAGGUUAUACCGACUCCUUUGGGAGAUCAUAAGCUCAAACGUGAUACAAAAUGGAAGGGCUGUUUGGCCCGAGAUCGACAAUUUGCGAACGUCCCAGGAGAACAUUUAUAAGCUCGAUUCCUCUGAGCCACUACGGUUUGCAUACUCAUGCGCCUACCUGAUCUUAGCACGUCGAACACUCCAACAUAUGGGCGACACUCAAACGGAGAAAAUUAGCGACUCCGGAAUUACCCUAGAGAGACCAGCACUCCCGUUAAUUCGAUUUGCCAUUAGCCAAUCGCAUCAACUCUUGAAUCUGUUUGUUUCCAUGUCGGAUCUGACAACUUACAUCCACCCUACUUACGAAAACGUGCUUUGUUCCUUUGCAAUGGUGACACUGGCCGAGUUUGUGACUCAUUUAGAUGACGUCGGAAGUAUAAUCAUAUUGAUGGAACAAGCCGUCUCACAUAUUCAAUGCGGAGGAAAAGCCGAGCCGGUGAGCCGGUGGUCUCUGAACAUCAUGAAACAACAUGUUGCGGAUAAGGUUGAGCAUGAAGAUUGUGUGAAUUCAAUGGGAGAGAACACGGGUAUUUGUAUGCCACAGUCAGUUCAGAAUGUUACUGAGCCCUGGCUUUUCAAUGAAUGGGGUAUCGAGCAGGAGUUUCCAUCCCUUGAGGAUAUGUUCUUUGGUAAUGUGAUUUGA